AAUAUAAAGGGUUAUUGCCAUCAUUUUUUUUUCCCACUAAAAGCCUUCACCCUUAGAAAUGGCAUCAUUCAGUUUUUAUCUAGUAUUAAUGAUCAUCAUGGUUUUCAUGCCUUCACCUCUCCUUUCAUCCUAUUCACAAUCACAACCUCUUCCUGAACUUCCCACACUUCCCACACUCUCCUCAGAUCCUUCUCCAUCUUCACUCUUACCUUCCCAAGCUUUGUCACCUGACAUUGUUCCACUUUUGCCUUCUUCUGGUGGUGCUUUACCAACUCCUACAGGCUCUGACAUUCCCACCAUUCCUUCCAAUCCAAGUCCUCCAAACCCAGAUGACAUCAUUGCUCCAGGACCCUUUUCUGCAUUUGCACCAUAUGGAUCAAUACAGGCUGCUUCCAAUGCUCAUAGAAGUGUAGUCUUUGACAGAGCCAUUACUGUUUUUACAUGUUUAGCAGCAGCAUACCUUUCUUUGCAGUAAAUGAUUUGUGAUGUGCCAUAUUCCACUUUCUUGUUUGUUAAUUUUUCAUUCUUAGUACCUUGUAGUAUAUGAUGAUUACUAUAAUGAAACUCAGUUUCUUUCUCAAAUGCAAUUUUUGUUAUGAUUUAUGAUUUCUACUGUUGAUUUCUCAUUUGUAAUUAUUGAGGUUAGUUUUCUUUUGUUUUUCCUUUAUGUUAAAGUGUUCAUCUUUUCUUUCUAAUGAGAGGCCCAUAAUUGAACUUUUUAAAGUGCCUUUUUGCAAUUCCAGCAUCACUAUGCUCAUUAAAAGCUGAAAGCCACAUUGAGUGCAUGUUUAGAUUUCAACAAAAUUACGACUUAACGGUAUCACUGUCAUUAUGUCAAACUCGCCGAAAUUCUAAAGAUGCAUUCAGAUUGAAAUGAAAGAGUUGCUACCAGCUCUGUCAGAUUUGUAUGCCAUGAACUGAGUUGAGGUGGGGUGCCAAUGUCACAUGGUUGAAGCAAAAGCAAGUACUCAUUUUUUUCAUGUUAAGACUGAAGUGCACGUGAUAGACACCUAUUCAUCAGGAAUAAUUUCCGAUUAUCGACCACAUGAUGCCCAAUCAAGUGAGAAAUUUCAAUAGUAAUAUUAGUACUAAUGUUUAGGUAAUCAUGUUUUGUCUUGUUUUGCUGUCUGUUUGUCUCAUUCUUUGUAUAUCAUAAUCACAUUAUUGGCAUCAACAGUAUUUGCAUAAGAAAAUGAACUUAGUUUAGGC